GGCGUCUCAGCCGUUAUCAUGACACAUCUUCAACAUAAGGAAAAGCUUCCUCUCUGUAUGAGCGUUUUAUUUUGUUAACCUUGGAGUAAGGGUGACCUCAUUUGUCGCAGCCUGAGAAGUAAACAUCUCCACGUCUUGUCGGGCAGGUGCUGCCUGCCGGUUAAUGUGUGCCCUGAGUUGUUUUAGAGCUAGCUUGGGUCAGCUCGCUGGAGAGAGGCAGAGCUUUUACGAGCUAGUCGCGGCUAACGCGGCUAACCGAGCAGACCCGUCGCGUCGGGGUUGCUGACACUCGCCGAAAAAAACAGCCGCUGACAGGACGAAACGUUGCCUUCACGUCCACGGGGUUAUGACACGGAGUAACAACAGAAGUAAGUCUGCAGGAACACUGACCCGAGUCUACAGGCCACAGGCAAGGAUGAGCCGGUCCCUCCCAUGGUUUCCCAUGAAUCUCACCUGGAGUGGGAGCGUGUUGUGAAACCAGAGCCGUGGAAAGACCAGACGUGGGCCUUCAGCGGCAGUCAUGAAUCUCCAUCAGGUCCUCACAGGGGCCGUCAACCCUGGGGACAAUUGCUUCUCUGUUGGCAGUGUCAACAAUGUGCCUUUCACGGCCUAUGCGUCAGGUUGUGACGUGGUGAUUUUAGGGAGUAAUUUUGAGCGGCUGCAGAUCAUCCCGGGGGCCAAACACGGUAAUAUCCAGGUCGGUUGCGUCAACUGCUCACAGCGAGCUGGACAGAUUGCAGCUUCCUAUGGAAGCAUUGUUUGUGUUUUUGAGCCAGUUCAGCACCCAGAUCAAAAGUACACUUCAUCAUUUAGACGAAGCUGCCAGUGGCAGAAGACUGGUCAGUUUGUUUUAGAGUCAAUGGUGCGAAACCUGGCUUGGCACCCCACAGGUGGUACUCUGUUAACUGGCUCUACUAGCCUUCAGUUGUGGUCCAAUGUUGAUGGAAAAUAUGAGAGCGAAGAAAGGGAAAAGCGGACAAGAACCAACAAACAAGACACUAAUUCUACCUGGAGGUGUAUCUGGCAGAGCAAGACUGCAUCUCCAGUCAGUUUUAUGAAGUUCUCACCUGAUGGGCAGUUCUUUGCUACUGCUGGACAGGACGACUGUCUGGUGAAGGUCUGGUACAGCACAGACAGGUGGAAGUCAUGUGUUGCACAGCUAUUUACUCCUCCAGACGCCAACGUGAGUGUGCAGGGAGAGCUGGCCUUUUCCUUCAUCUACUUGGCCCAUCCUCGCUCGGUCACUGGUUUUUCCUGGAGGAAGACUAGCAAGUACAUGCCACGAGGGGCGGUGUGUAACGUUCUGCUCACCUGCUGUAAGGACAGCGUUUGCCGGCUGUGGGCAGAGACGUUGUUGCCAGGUGACAGCCUCAUCUCCGGUUACCAUAGCAGCCAUCUUUCCGGCCAGAACGGUGAAACGGCCGCGUCUGCUGGCCCCUCUUCGAAACACAGCUGCAAUGGGAAAACAGCAGCAACGUCAUCACUAGAAUUCAGUUUCCAAGAAACAUGGCAUUCCUCGUCUUAUCGGGAUAUUCCUCAGCCUUCUCUGACUGGCUGCCAGCCUCACCAUCAGAACCGACACCAUAACCACAGGAGGAGCAGCAACAGUGGGACGCCUCACGCUAACGCUCUCUGCCACUUCCACAUUGCUGCUAGCAUUAACCCUGCCACAGACAUUCCUUUACUGCCUUCCAUCUCGGCUCUGAGUGCGGUGGACGAUGAGGAACCCGGCGGUCUGUUUACUGUCCACUGGCUCAACAACAAAGAGCUUCAUUUCACUUUAGCAAUGGAAGUCUUCCUGCAGCAACUCGGAGGAAGUUUUGAACAAAGGAACGAGUCGCCUAAUGAAGAGCUUUAUGAUGAAGACAACUCAGACGAAGAAGGGAACAGGCCAAGUGACUCCCAAGCCCCUGAAGGUGGGGAGCUUCCUGUAGCAGCCGUGGAGCAUCAAGUGGACGUUCUGUUGGAAGAGUGGAAUAAAGGGGCUGACAUGCUGUUCAGUAUACAUCCCCUGGAUGGCUCUUUGUUAGUCUGGCAUGUUGACUGGUUAGAUGAAUACCAACCAGGCAUGUUCAGGCAAACUCAGGUGUCGUUUGUGUCCCGUAUCCCUGUAGCGUUUCCUACAGGUGACGCAAUCUCCCUGAGCCACAGUGUGGUUAUGUACGCCUGCAACAAGAACGUGGAUCUGGCCAUUCAGCACGGCAGACAGCGGCCGCCUGGGACCUCGUUGGCUCAAACCAAAUGUGCUCUAAUAAGCUACGGGAGUCACGGAAAGGCUGCACCCAGCAGCAGCCUCAGACUGAGCAUUUUCACCCCCAACGUCCUCAUGAUCUCCAAACACGACGACGGCUCCCUGAAUCAGUGGGCGGUCAGUUUUGCCGAGGACUCCGCUUUCUCCACCGUGCUCAGUGUCUCUCACAAAUCACGCUACUGCGGUCACCGUUUCCACCUCAACGACUUGGCCUGUCACUCCCUGCUCCCUCUGCUCCUCACCACCUCACACCACAACGCCUUGAGGACGCCAGAGGCGGACAGCAUCCCAGCUCCUCCGCACGCCCACUCCACCGGCGUCCCGUCUUUUCCUCAUGGGUCGCGACCCACCCGCGUGUCCCUCGGAGGGGUUUCCCAAGAUCCCAAUGCCAUCUACAGCGAGCUGAUUCUGUGGAGGGUGGACCCCGUCGGGCCGCUGUCUCUGUCGGGCGGGGUCUCGGAGCUGGCGAGGAUAAACUCCCUUCAUGCAUCAGCGUUUGCUAAUGUAGCCUGGCUACCUGCGCUCAUCCCCAGCAGCUGUUUAGGUGCGUACUGUAACUCCCCCAGUGCUUGCUUUGUGGCGAGCGACGGCCAGUCACUCAGGCUCUAUCAGGCUGUUAUUGAGGCGAAGAAACUCCUGAGUGAGCUCUCCAACCCUGAGAUUUCUAAAUAUGUUGGGGAGGUGUUUAACAUUAUCAGUCAGCAGUCCACAGCAAAACCAGGCUGUAUUAUUGAGCUGGAUGCCAUUACAGACUUUCAGGGUAAGGAGAUCCAGCUCCUGCACGUCUUUGAGGAAGAACUAAUCCUUGGCAGUGUGAAAACAGAAGAGACACAAGAUGCUCCUGACUCUCCUCCUAUUGCUUCCAGUAAGCCAGCCUUCUCCGGACGGUUUUUCCUGGUGGUGGUAGAAUUAACCCCUACAGGUCGCUCUCUGCUCCAUAUGUGGCAUCUACAUCUGGCAGCUUGUCCUGUCACUAUAGAGGAAGCUACAAGACAGAGAGAAAUAAACCCGGUUUCUCCAAUAACCGGGUCUCAGUUCAUCUUCGACGUACCCAGCUCUCCAGUACAGAAGAGCAAACCCUGCACUUCUAAUUUACAGAGCGCCUGUCGCCUCAGCCUGACAACGCACGUGCUGUGCAGCCAAGAGAUGGCUCUACCGCAAGGGGUGGAAGUCAUCAGUGUCACUCCUUCAGCAGGUCAUCUGAGUGCAUCAUGUUCUCUACCCUCUGGCCGUGUGCCCUAUCUCCUUGCUACUUCCUGUUCUGACGGAAAGGUGCGCUUCUGGAGGUGUAGCGUUUUGAAAACAGAACCAGCUAGUGUUGACAGUUUGGCGUAUAAGUGGGAAGAGUGGCCUCUGCUGGUGGGGGAGACGCUUCCAAACAGCAGCGUUGUAACCGUGCCAGGUCUGCCCGUCAAGGUGAGCUGCUGUCACUCUGGACGGAUUGCCGUCGCCUACAGGCAGGCGACAAACCCACCACUGAACUCGACGCCUCAUCUGAGUACUCACAGACUGCUACCUUCUCCUCCCGCCUUGGCAUCCUCCCCCUUCUCCAACAACACACACCUCACCCAAACCCUCACUGUACAGCCUUGCCAAAGUCUAGCUCUAAGCCCCAACCCAGCCAACACAAAAGAACCAGCCGUUCAUAUCAGCACCUUCCAGUGUGAGUCCACCGGUGGCUCGCAGUGGAUACUGGAGCAAACUAUAGUCCUGGAAAGCACAGAUACCACUUUUUCUGCCGCCAGCAAUGGUCCAAACAGACGUGCCAAUAUUCCAAAUAACACAGACUUCUCUGCAUCUAAUGGAAACUGUCCUGGUUCUGCUAGUGGGAGCCUGGUUCACUUGGACUGGGUUUCCCAAGAGGAUGGGUCACACAUAUUGACUGUUGGCAUUGGGACAAAGAUUUAUAUGUAUGGCCGUCUGUCUGGAAAGCCUCCAGAUUUAGGCCUCUCUUCUGAAACAAAUAGAGAACAAAGUCUGUCUCGUCUGGUUCUCCUUCGAUCCGUCAACCUGGUUUCCUCUGUUGAAGGCUCGGUGCCUAUCCCGGUCUCCCUGUCCUGGGUUAGAGAUGGGAUCUUGGUGGUGGGCAUGGACUGUGAGAUGCACGUUUACUCCCAGUGGCAACCCCCGGUUGCCCCCAAACCCAGCGCUGCGGUCGUCCAAGACGCAGAUAUCAGCAGCAGCGUCUCCUCUAUAGUCUCCGCUGUCAGACAGUGCCAGGAGGACGUUUUCACCAAUGGUGCUCCUACAACUUCACUGACCCUACCCAAAAAAUCCCUUACAAGAUCAAUGAUGAGCCUGGCGCAGAAACUUAGCGGGAAGAAAACCGUUUAUGACCUUCCUGUGGAGAUGGAGGACUCUGGACUUUUUGAAGCGGCUCACCAACUCUUCCCCACUCUGCCCCAAUACCAUCCCGUACAGUUACUGGAGCUCAUGGAUCUCGGGAAGGUUCACCGUGCCAAAGCAAUCCUCUCACACCUGGUGAAAUGCAUUGCUGGGGAAAUCGUAGUGCUUAAGGACAACGCCGCCCAUCCCGAGAAACGUGUGCGCUCUCGGACUAUCAGCGUGGGAGGCAGCACAGCCAGGGACCAGAAGAUAUUCAACAAAUCAGAAAGCUCCAGCCCUGACUACACAGAGAUAAGCUCCGUCCCUCCCCUGCCUCUGUACGCUCUGCUGGCAGCUGAUGAGGAUACGCCACAUCUCGAGAAAGGAGGCAGUAUGAGUGGUGACAGUGGACAUGGAUCCAGUCAGGCGGAUGCCUAUGAUGAGCUCUUUCACACACACAACACCCUGGAUCUGGAUCCUCUGGACAGCGAACAAGAGGAAACUGGGAAUAAGGUUAUAGACCUUUCCCAGUACAGUCCGACGUACUUUGGUCCAGAACAUGCGCAGGUUCUGUCCAGCCACCUCCUCCACUCCAGCCUGCCCGGCUUAACGCGAAUGGAGCAGAUGUCUCUCAUGGCGCUGGCUGACACCAUCGCCACAACGAGCACAGACCUCAAGGAUAACCAGGAUAAGAGCAAAGGUGGAGAAACCUUGGACGAGUGUGGGUUGAAGUUCCUGCUGGCGGUCAGACUUCACACCUUCCUCCUAACAUCCCUUCCUCCUGUCCAUCGAGCCCAGCUGCUACGGCAAGGCCUGUCAACGUGCCAGUAUGCCUGGGCCUUCCACUCUGAAGCUGAGGAGGAGCUGCUGAACAUGCUGCCCGCCCUACAGAAGGGAGAGCCCACCUGGGCCGAGCUGCGCGCUAUGGGUGUAGGCUGGUGGCUGCGCAGCACCAACAAGCUGCGCAGGUGCAUUGAGAAGGUUGCUAAGGCUUCUUUUCAGAGAAACAAUGAUCCGCUGGAUGCAGCGAUAUUCUAUCUUGCAAUGAAAAAGAAGGCGGUGGUUUGGGGACUGUACAGGUCUCAGAAGAAUGCAAAAAUGACAGAGUUUUUCCAUAACAACUUCAGCGAGGACAGGUGGAGGAAAGCUGCGUUGAAGAAUGCCUUCUCUCUGCUGGGAAAGCAGCGGUUCCAGCAUUCUGCUGCUUUUUUUCUUCUGGCUGGUUCCCUUAAGGAUGCCGUGGAGGUGUGUUUAGAGAAAAUGCAGGACUUGCAGCUGGCCCUGGUGAUCUCUAGAUUGUAUGAAUCGGAGUUUGAGACGUCUUCUACUUAUAAAAAAAUCCUCCAGAGACAUGUUUUGGGACACGACAAACAGAUUCCUGUCCAUCCAGAUCCAUUCCUGCGAAGCGUAGCUCACUGGGUCCUGGAAGAUUACAGCAGGGCGUUGGACACGCUCAUCGAGCUGCCUGCAAGCUCCAAAAGCUCUGGAGCGUCCGAGAGCCAACGUGACAGUGGUUCCUCUGCCAUGUCCGCGUGUAACCCUGAGGUUUUCAACUUCUACAUCUACCUCCGCACACACCCCCUGCUCCUCCGCCGGCAUUUCAGCUCUUCAGAUAGAGCUAAAGUGGCUCUAACGACAGAAGUCCGCAGGGCUGACUCCAUCAGCCUGGACGAGAGGAGACUCUUUUUCACGACCGCGUACGCACACCUGCACGCCGGGUGCCCCAUGUUAGCGCUUGAAGUCCUUUCCAAAAUGCCCAAAGUCCACAAGCACUCCAAAGUUUCCCAUCAGGGGGUUAAAGGCCUUCCUCAUGAACUGAGCGUCGGGAGCAGGAACGGGCUAGCAUCAGAACCUGACUGGUCGCCGACUGGCCUGAACGGCUACCAGUCGGACGGAAACAGCAAUAGCCGGUCCGAUUCAGUGUUGAGUUUUGACUGGAGCCAGCCGUCGGUGACCCUCCCAGAUGAGCCCCUGGAGCUGAAGUGGGACAGCGACAAAGACGACGAGGACGAUGAGGAUGAAGAGAACAAUCGGGAAAAAGCAAAGAAAGCGGACAACAGCGUGUUCCAGGACCGCCAGGACUCCAUGCUGACACUGGCGGAAACGGUGAAAAGUGAGGAAAGUGAAGACAGCGACGCCUUCAUCGCUCCGUCUGAGGAUAUAUUCCUGGCCCAUCUAAAGUUCACCGCCUGCCUGAAGAUCAUGAGCAACGAGCUUCGGACUCUGUCAACGGGCUACGAACUGGACGGAGGGAAGCUGCGCUACCAGCUCUGUCAGUGGUUGGAAAGAGAGGUGGUGGCUCACCAGCAUGUUUGCAGCUAUAUGCCUUGCUUGCCAGAGCAGGCUGUCCCGGGUGAUGGCCCCGUUUCGGGCCUGGUGGAGGAAGAACAGCUUGGCAGCCCCCCUGGUGACAGCCAGAAGAGCAGGAGACUCUGGCUGCAGAGCAACCAGCCUUUACUGAGGAUGUUUCUGAGCUACUGCAGCUUGCAUGGCUGCCAUGGUGGAGGACUGGCUUCUGUACGCAUGGAGCUCAUAUUGCUGCUUCAAGAAUCUCAUCAGGAUGACUCCAUGAAGUCAGAGGUAGCAGUGAACUCCCAGCCGACCUCUAUCCCUCUGCUCAUGGCCUGCACCGCCAAUGUAAAGACGGUGGUGGCCAACCCCAUCGUCUAUCUGACCAAUCUGACUCACGACAUCCUGCAAACCAUCACUGCAUUCGACUCGCCUCCCCACCCAGAUGUCAUCAACAAUGAGAUCUAUGUGAUGCAUACCUUGGCGGCUUCCUUGUCUGCAUGUAUUUAUCAGUGUCUUUGUGACGGACACAAAUACAGCCAUGUGAACCAUUUCACCGGGACUGUGUACCAGAGUGUUUUACUGUCUCAGAAGCAAGCAUUGAAAACCGCCAGCAUGGAUGAGGCCGUUCAACCAAACACCUCUCCUGCUCAGUGGCCUGGUAUUGCCUCCCUUAUUCGCCUGUUGAGCUCUGCAGGUGAGGAGACCCAGCCAGGCUUGGCUGUGCUGCUCUGUGAGAUCCUGACGGCAGUCUUCCUCAGUCUGUUCGUGCACGGCAUGGCCACGCACUCCAGCAACGAGCUUUUUCGCAUCGUGGCACACCCACUCAACUGCAAACUUUGGAUGACGGUGUUUGGAGGAGGCGCCCGCAUCCCUGUCGUGGAUAAAACCAGCAGCCCAGCAAGAACGCCGCCUCCAACCUCACCAAGUGGGUCAGACAGGAAGCCACGGCGAUUCAGGCUUCUGUCAUCCCGGAGUGGAUCCAGGGAAGAGUCGGGAAUUGAGCGGGAAGGACCAUCCAGUCUUAAGAUUGUUGUGGAACAGGAAGCUACCUCCAUUUUCAAAGAGCAGUUUGUCCCACCAGAGCUCAGUAUCUGGGACUAUUUCAUUGCCAAGCCUGAGCUGCCACCAUCAGAAAACAGAGUUGAGUAUGACUCAGAGGAGAGCCAGGACAGCCAGGAUGAAGACGAUGAAGACAACGAAUCUGAAGACGUGUUUGAGCCCAAUUCUCCACAGAAAGAGCAUUCAAACCAUAAUUCAUACAGCUGGUGUUUGAUGCGCCUAGCCAUGGUUCAGCUGGUGUUGGUCAACCUCAAGUCUUUCUACCCGAUGGCGGGAUAUGAUCUACUAGAUUUGCCUGUGGCUUCCCCUCUGUGUCACGCUGUGCUGAAAACGCUGCAGCGGUGGGAGCAGGUGCUGCAAAAAAGGCUGGAGAUCUUCGGAGGCCCUCCCUCCAAGUAUAUCUCCACUCAUCUCUACGAUGAAAUCACAACCCCAGGCCCCGCCCUGCUCAGACACAAAGCCCUGUUUGAACCAUCCAACACCCCGUUCAGAAACAGCCACUACUCAGCGCUGCCGGUGAAGCGUUUAUGGCAGUAUUUGGUCAAACAGGAAGAGGUGCAGGAGACGUUCAUUAGGAACAUUUUCACAAAGACACCCGGCACAAAUCAGUCGGUUGAGGACCACACUGACACUAUGAAAUAUUCAGGAGUGGAGGAAGCAGGAAACAGUCAGACCGAGUCAGAUCUGGGCUGCCCCGGAGGCAAAGCACGCAUCAUCCACAAAGAAUCUGACAUCAUUACAGCCUUCGCCAUCAACAAGGCAAACCGUAAUUGUUUAGUCAUGGCCUCCACACACGACAUCCAGGAGCUGGAUGUGUCAGCCAUCUUGGCCACACAGAUCUUGACUUGGAUUGAUGAUGAUGAUGUUGAAACCAAAAGUGUUGGUGGUGAUGAAUUCCUGGUGGUCCAUGCGCGAGACGACUUCGCUUCGCUCCACGGCACCACUCCUUACACCCACAGUAGCCCCGGCACGCCCAUCAACGUGCCGUGGCUUGGAGGCCACCAGACCGGCAGGGGUGCAGCUGUGAUGAUAAAGAGAAAUAUCAACAACGUGAGAAGAAUGACCUCUCAUCCCACACUGCCGUACUACCUGACAGGAGCUCAAGACGGUAGCGUGCGGAUGUUUGAGUGGGGUCAUUCCCAGCAGAUCAUCUGCUUCAGGAGUCCGGGCAACUCCAGAGUCACCAGGAUCCGAUUCAACCACCAGGGAAACAAGUUUGGUGUUGUAGAUGCAGAUGGAGGAUUAAGUCUCUGGCAAACCAACACCAGUGGGAACACACCCAAACCAUACCUGACUUUGCAGUGCCACAACAAGACGGCUAAUGACUUUGUUUUUGUGGGCUCUUCUUCCCUCAUCGCCACCGCAGGUCUUUCAACAGACAACAGGAAUGUUUGUCUGUGGGACACGCUCGUCACUCCUGCAAACAGCCUAGUACAGACUUUCUGCUGCCACGAGUCCGGCGCCACCGUGCUCUCGAUGGCACAGCGGCGGCAGCUGCUCCUCACCGGCGGCAGGAAAGGUUGGAUCACCAUCUUGGAGCUUCCGCACAGACACCAGCGGCAGAGCUUCCAGGCUCACGACUCGCCGGUCAAGGCGCUGGCCGUCGACGCCACCGAGGACUGCUUCAUCAGCGGCUCCGCCGAGGGAAACAUCAAGGUGUGGAGUCUGGCCACGCAGUGCCUCCUCUACUCCUUCCCCAACGAACACGCCCGCCAGUCGCUGUUCAGGAACCUCGGCACGGGCGUCAUGCAGAUCGAGGUGGGACCGGCCAGCCACAUCUUCUCCUGCGGCGCCGACGGGACCAUGAAGUUGAGGACCCUUCCCAACCGCUUCGCUGCGGCGGGAAGCGGCAGCAGCCCCGGCAGCGACGUCAAGUUCUUCAUUUAGGCGGGGCGGGAAAAAAACGCCGAGUCGGAGGAAGCGGCGUCGCUUUCGGGAGGAAAAGACGACGCCUGCAGCGACAAGACUCUGCUGCGUUUUUUUUUCCUCUUUUCAUGAGAUGCAUAAAGAGGACAUCUUGUCUUUAAGGGCGACCAAGCACAGGAGCUUUUUACAAGUGUUAAAAACUGCAGCUGCCGUUGACGUCUUGCAUAAAGAACAGGUGGGGAGGGAUGACACAACCCAGCGGCUUCCAGGCAGAACCCGUCGUAUCUGGUGGGUCAAAGCAGAGCACCGGGGGGGUUUGUCCGGAUCAAACGGCUCUUUGGGAGCGACUGGACUCAAAAUCUGCCGUUUUGUAGCUGUAGAUAAAUACGGGAGCUCGUCUUCACGUGGGGGGGGGGAAACGCGUCUUGCUUUCUGACAGAUCGUCUGGAUCAAACCCUAAUUUGUGCAAUAACGGAGGUCAGCGUGGGCCUCGUCUGCUGAAUUCACCCACGCAGACGGCAGCUUUCAGCUCUGCGGUGACGGCAGGGAAGACGCCACGCAGGCAGAGAUCUUCCUGCAGCUUAGCAGUUUCACCACGACGCUCAUCCAGUGUAAGAUUUAGCCGUAAAGAUACGUUCAGGUGGAUCGGCUCUUCUGGGCCGAGCCGGGCUGCUUGUUGUGUGCUGCGGGACGUACCGACCUGGUGUAGCCGCUUUGUCCGCCGUCCUGUGAGGGAAUGUGGUUUAAUGAGUCUGAUGGGUGACGUCUACCAGCAGAAGGUCUCAGUCAUUAUGUUGGAUCUGCGGUCAGAAUCUGACUCAUUUCAGACGAGUCCACCAGCCCAGCAGGGAUCAGAACCAAUAGUCACAUAAAAAGUUACAAUAAAAUCUUUUUUUUUUUCUUCUUACAAAUUCAACGUUUUUUUUUUGUUGUUGUUUUUUUCAUAAUAUAUUUUAGAACUUUAUGUCUCUGCUUCACAAACACGGAAACUGAUUUAGAAAUGAAGGUUUAUCAUGUCAAACUGGCUACUUUAGGACACCAGGUGCACCAAACAGUGCAGCUGAACCACUAAGCAGCUUCGCAAUAAAUGUAUUUGGACAUAUUUUCACAUAGAUUCAUACUUAUUGAUGCUCUCCUGAGACCAUCAGUGAUUAAACUAAUUUUCCCAACUCUGGGGUUUGUAAACACAAUCAAUUAGUGAAUAUCUACAAACAAUAAUUGUCCAUCCUUAAAAUGACAUGCCGUUGAAUUUAAUCAUAACCUUUAUUUAUAUUUUUGAUUAAUAAAAUGAAUGAAAAUACUGAUAUCUAGUGGUUUAAAGCACAUGAGCUUAAAAUGGUUUGUUUACGAGGAUGAAACGAACAAAAUUGCUACUUCUGGGGACAAAACGGCGGGUGAAGUCCCGACUGUAAGCAGCAGCAGCAACGCAGCGUCGCUCCUCUCAUCCAUCUCUGUCAGAAAGCAAGUAUUUCUCUCAAAGGCCAUCUCAUCUCUGCUCCAGUGUCAGUCUGUAUUUGCACAUAAGAGAAAUUAAGCUAAUUCCAUGUAGUGUAACGCGUAGAACUACAGCAGGCAGGCUAAAGGUGGUAGGGUAGUAAUAAUGGUAAUAAUAAUAAUGCUAAUAACGGCAAUAGACCUGAGGAUGUUUGUUUAUCCCGGCCCCAAUUUAAGCAGCGGUGUUAGAAUCAACAUUAAGUGUCCUUAAUCCUCCGAAUCUCCUCCUGCCAACCUGGCGCAGUGCAUUGAUUAUAGUAUUAAGACUGUGUUGCACAAAGUAGCUUUAAUUUAUCAGAGCUUUUUGUUCACGUGUGACUCCACAGAUUAUUACCUGUCCUCAUCUGAACAUGUAGCAGGAAACAUUGCUGUUGACAAUUUUUUUUGGUUGGGGGUGGGGGGUGUAUGAGGCUGAAGUAGGGGAGUGUGUAUGAGGCUGAAGUAGGGGAGUUGUUUUAAUGGAAAAUCUUGUUUUACUCCAGGAACAGUGCAAUUCCCCCUGACCGACUUGCUUAUGUUGGUUUAGUGUUAAAUCAGUCGUCGCCUUGUGUUUCGUCCAACUGCAGCACUUUUCUUUAAGGAAAGACAUCUGAGCUUUUCCUGACCGAUACGAUUUCUGUUUGGAUGGUGUUUUUUUUUUAUUAUUUUUGUUUUUUGUUUUUUUGUUUUAUUACAAUUUUGACCUAUUCUGAUUUUUUUUUUUUUCUCUCUCUCUCUCUCUCUCUCAGGACUAUAACACAUAAGAGAGGAAAAAUGUUUGCUGCAAGUUUGUCUUUUUGAUUUCAACAUGAAAUGAAGUAAACACAGAUUUUUUUUUAUUUAUUUUUUUUAUUUUUUUUUUCCCCUAACUGCACCAGAACAUAUCUCACCUAACAUUUAUCAGAUUUUUGUUCAAAUCCAGAGAAAAGCACAUCAAGGUACUUGCUGCUGAUUGAUGUGUUUAUGGAGUGAAAAUGGCGGGACUUCCUAGUUUUGACGCAUUUAUUGAAAUAUUGGCUGAUUCCGACCUCUGGCCUGGUGCAUCUCUAGGAAUAUCACCGCGGUUGAUGUUUAACAUGAUGCAUCUUCCUUAUUCUGAUUAUAAUCUGUUAGGAUUAAAGCCCUUAAAAUUUAUAACGGAUAUAAAUAAUCUUAAGAAAAGCUUUAGAGGAAACACGUUUAAUGCAGUUCUGUGUAUAUAUCUAUAUAAAACCACAAACUGAGUUUAUUUUAAUCUCGACUAGUCGUAGAUAAAUGGUGGGUGACGGUAAUAGUCACUUUAUGAAGAUUAUUCUGUACAGACGGGUAUGUUUAUGAAAUAUGUUCAUAUUUAGGGGUGUAGACUGCUCAAAAGGCUAAUUUAAUUCAGAUUUUUCCUUCUUUUUGCUCCGCAGAGCUGAGUGUUCAUAAAGGUCAGUUUUAUUGUAGCCAGCCUGAGUGUAUUCUUGCAGAAACUGGACAAUAAAAGGACUUUUUUUUUUAAAAACAAAUCACUGCUCAUUUCUUUAAAGUCCUGCAGUUUAACAGCAUUUCGUUUCAGGUUGCAGCUGCUGCACAAGACGAUCAAACGAACGUAGCUGUCCUAAAUGAAAUUGAAAUGUUUGUGUUCAGCUUUCUUUUCCUCCCCUUUUAAUCUUCCAAAUGUGAACUUGAUUAAAUAAGUCUAAUUUUCUAAUGUAAAUCAUUGAAUUAUAUACAGAAAUCUACUGAUGUAAUAAAGGAAAAAUGUGAAACAA